GGAGAGAGGACAAGAAGAGGGAGAAGGAGGCAAAGGAGAGGAAAGUGAGUUGGUGCCAGCUCCAUCGAAGCAGCUUCUCGUCGUCCUCUUUCAACGAGUGAUCGCUGACCUCCCUUGCCCCAUCAUGCGCUGCCAGGCCGCCAAGAUCACCCUCACCAAGCAUUCUCGUACGAAGAAGAAGGCCACUACCACCAUCAGUGGUCUACACUUCUUCUCCCCACCCCUCCCAGCUCUCAAAGUCAUCUCCAAGGGUCUCGCCUCCCGCCUAGCCACAGGCUGUUCGGUCUCCAAGUCCCCCUCGAACCCAAACGUCGAAGAGAUCACUAUCCAAGGAGAUGUAGCAGAAGAUGUCAAGGACAUGAUCUUGGCGAGACAGAAGCCUUUCAAUGAUUUGAAGGAGGGCGAUGUCUCCGAGAGUCAGGUCAAGGUGGAGGAGGAGAAGAAGAAAGGCAAGGGGGCCGGGGCUGAGGGGGAGUAGAUUGCAAGAUGUAUGCGAUGAUGAUGAUAAUUUAUCGACAAUGGCAGCGCGACGCAG